UGCUUUACAAUCAUCUCAAAACGGCCGUGCGCUGUGGUAGACGUCGUCGUAUAGCUUGGGUCAGUCGUUUUGCGCCUUCCAUCGCGUCGAGUUGUGCCUGCGCUCCCGACUUUGUUGCCCCGUUGUGCGCUCUUUGAAUUAAGUUUUCUUUAGCAACUUUUUUUUCGGCUAUAGAAGCCCCCCAUGUGGACAUUUCGCAAUACAUCCUGCUGCCUCCACUCAGCAAUGCUCAAUUGUCGUGUGACUAGUGCUACAAUAAGUGCGUGAAUAAUUCAACGAAAUUUAUUUAAAUUAAAUUUAAAAUAAAUCUCUGAAACCAACUUUUGCAGGUUUUAUUUUUUCUCCAAAACUUAUACUGGCUUUGCUGCUGAGGCUAACUUCUUCGCGCCAAAAUGAGUCAGUGCAGAGAAUCCGUCGACAUUGUCUUUGAAGACAUCAAAUAUUCCGUUUCAUUACCCAGGCAAAAAGAAAAAAAGCAAAUCCUUAAGAAACUUACUGGAAAAUUCAAUUCGGGUGAAAUAACAGCUAUUCUAGGACCAUCUGGAGCAGGGAAAUCCAGCCUCCUCAAUGUCCUCACAGGAUUCAUUAAAAAGGGUGUUGAAGGGAAUGUAAUGUUCACAAAUGGGAAGAAUGCCGUGAAAUUGAAAAGUAGUCGCAGCUACAUCCUCCAGGAUGACAAUCUCUUCCCCUGGUACACCGUCAAUGAGACCAUGAUGCUCGCGUGCCAGCUGAAAGUCGCCAAUGUGAGCUCGCAAUCGCGACAGAAAAUGAUAGAUAAUAUCCUGAAUACUCUCCAUUUGCUUCACACAAAAAAUACACGAUGCAAAAAUCUAUCUGGUGGCCAGAAGAAGCGCCUGUCAAUUGCAUUGGAACUCAUUGACAAUCCAUCUGUGCUGUUCCUCGAUGAACCAACAACAGGCUUGGACAGCUCAUCAUCGACGCAAUGUGUGCGACUUUUGCAGAAUCUAGCCCGCGAGGGACGUACCAUUAUCUGCACAAUCCACCAGCCAUCCGCCACGAUUUAUAACACCUUUGAUCAUGUCUACAUCAUGGCGGAAGGGCAGUGCGUGUACCAAGGUAGUGCCGACAAUACGGUGUCCUAUCUCAGUUCACUCGGACUCCAUUGUCCCCAGUAUCACAGCCCCGCUGAUUACAUUAUCGAGGUAGCUAAUGGAGACUACGGGAACUUUACAUAUUCUCUGGCAAAAGCUGCAACGGACAAUCGGUGGCGUUCUUCGCAGCUUUGCAUAAUGGACAGAGCUUUAGGUUCUAAGGAUAAUCGCUCUAGUUUUAUAAGUGACAGCAGCAACAGCAGCAGUUCAGAUAACCCAUCAACAACCUCCAUCACCAGCAGUAGACACAUUGAGAGACCAUCUGAAUGGUCAAGAUUUGGGACGCUGAUGAAUCGGUGCAAGUUGCAGUGCUUCCGUGAUUGGACUGUGACUCACCUGAAAGUGUUGUGCCAUGUGCUGUGUGCAAUUCUCAUUGGGCUCAUCUAUGGUGAUUCAGGGCUCAAUGCAACCAAAUCAAUCAACAAUGUUGGUUUCUUGAUAAUCGGUGUGGUCUAUCUGUGGUACACAACAAUGAUGCCGGGUGUUCUGAGAUUCCCAUCGGAAAUUGCCAUUCUGAAGAAGGAAACUUUUAAUGGCUGGUACAAGCUGCGAACCUACUAUUUCGCCACAAUUGCAAUAAUGGCACCAAUUCAUAUUAUGUUUGCCGUUCUAUAUUCUGUGAUAGCAUUCCUGAUAACGCAACAGCCGCUCGAGACGAUGCGAUUGUUCAAAUUUGUCCUUAUUUAUGCAAUUACAACAAUAACAGCAGAUGGUUUUGGCAUCUUCCUCGGUACAGUGGUUAAUCCUGUGAAUGGAACGUUCUUUGGAGCCGUGGGAACAUGCUUCCUGUUGGUCUUCUCCGGUUUCCUCGUUCUCUUCAAUCACAUGCCCGAUGUGAUGCGCAUCCUGUCGUACUUCUCCUUCAAGCGUUACUCCCUGGAGGGCCUGGUGCUGGCCAUCUACGACAACAACCGCUCCAGCUUGUGGUGCCCCGAAACGGAGCUGUAUUGCCACUACCGCAACCCCAUGUACCUCAUCAAUGAGCUCGGUAUGACGCCUAAGAACUUCAAUUUUGAUCUCUCCAUGAUGAUCAUCCAGAUGUGCGCCAUCAAGACCCUCACGUACUUCACACUGAAGCGCCGAAUGACAAAUUAGCUCCUAAGUCCCAAUCGCCGUGUAUAGUAUUUAAGGAAAGGAGGGCCUUAACCAUUUUUUUCGUGGUUUCAGUGUGACUCAUGCGUGUGAUUUUUGUAUUAAUAUAUUUUCUAUUUCGUGAUUCCUCAUUUAUAAGGAAUUCCUCGCAUAUUUGGAGGAAAGGGGAAUUUUUUAGAAGAAGAGAUUUUUUGUCUUGUGAGGAUUUUAUUGUUUAAGGUAUUUUAAUUUUUUUUUUUUGUAAUAAAAAAGGGACAUCUUUGUUAGAUGGAUGAGAA